UCCAGUCUGAGCGAGAAGAUCAGCAGUUUGCUCAGAGCCAUGAGCCGGCCGAUCCCAGCCAGCACGGAGCCACCCACGCUGCCAGGGGACACGGCAGCAGCCUUUGGAGUGGCAGACAUCAUCGUCCUGGUUCUGUACUUCGCCUUCGUCCUCGCCGUCGGGAUAUGGUCAUCGAUACGAGCAAGCCGAGGGACCAUUGGAGGCUAUUUCCUCGCUGGACGAUCCAUGACUUGGUGGCCUAUUGGGGCAUCCCUGAUGUCAAGCAAUGUGGGCAGUGGCUUAUUCAUCGGCCUGGCGGGCACUGGAGCAGCUGGGGGCCUUGCUGUUGGGGCCUUUGAGUGGAAUGCCACCUGGGCACUUCUGGCCCUCGGCUGGAUCUUCGUGCCUGUUUACAUAGCAGCAGGAGUAGUCACCAUGCCUGAGUACCUGCAGAAGAGAUUUGGAGGGCAGAGGAUACAAAUCUACAUGUCCAUACUGUCCCUGAUUCUCUACAUAUUCACCAAGAUAUCCACAGACAUUUUUUCCGGAGCAUUGUUCAUCCAAAUCUCUUUGGGCUGGAACCUCUACUUGUCCACUGUGGUCUUGCUAGCAGUGACUGCUGUCUACACCAUAGCUGGUGGUUUAACAGCUGUGAUUUACACGGACGUGCUGCAGACCGUGAUCAUGGUGCUGGGAGCUUUGGUCCUCAUGUUCAUAGGAUUUGAGAAAGUUGGCUGGUAUGAAGGACUUCAGGAGAAAUACAGCACAGCAAUACCAAAGAUCACAGUCCCAAACACGACCUGUCACCUCCCACGUGCAGAUGCCUUUCAUUUGUUCAGGGAUCCCAUCACAGGAGACAUUCCUUGGCCUGGCCUUAUAUUUGGUCUCUCUGUGCUGGCUCUUUGGUGCUGGUGCACUGACCAGGUGAUAGUCCAGAGGUCUCUCUCUGCCAAGAACCUUUCCCAUGCCAAAGGUGGAUCGGUGCUGGGAGGAUAUCUGAAAAUCUUCCCUAUGUUUUUCCUUGUCAUGCCAGGGAUGAUCAGCAGAGCUCUUUACCCAGAUGAAGUGGGCUGUGUGGACCCAGACAUCUGUAAAAGGGUUUGUGGAGCUGGUGGUUGUUCCAACAUUGCCUACCCCAAACUGGUGAUUGAACUCAUGCCUGAUGGGCUCCGGGGUUUGAUGAUUGCAGUGAUGAUGGCAGCUUUGAGUUCCCUCACCUCCAUUUUCAACAGCAGCAGCACUCUCUUCGUUAUAGACAUCUGGCAGCGGAUCCGCAGACAGGCUUCAGAGCAGGAGCUGAUGGUUGUGGGCAGAGUGUUUAUCCUCAUUCUUGUGGUCAUCAGUAUUCUCUGGAUCCCAAUCAUUCAAUCAGCCAACAGUGGAAAGCUCUUUGACUACAUUCAGUCCAUAACCAGCUAUCUGGCCCCACCCAUCACAGCUCUCUUCAUCCUGGCAAUCUUCUGCAAGAGGAUUAAUGAGCCUGGUGCUUUCUGGGGCCUCAUGGUUGGGCUGGCUGUUGGUCUGGUUCGGAUGAUCAUCGAGUUUAUUUAUAGCACACCGUCCUGUGGUGAGGAGGACAGAAGACCAGCUGUGCUAAAGGACUUGCACUACCUCUACUUUGCCCUCAUCCUCUGUGUCCUCUCUGCGAUUGUCACCGUCCUUAUUAGUGUCUGCACCCCACCGAUCCCUGAAGAAAAGCUCUCAUGCCUGACUUGGUGGACCAGACACAGAAAAGCACCUGCCAUUGACCUGAAAAACUGCAAGAGUGAGGCAGCACAGAUCAGUUCAGCCAAUGGAGAGAACGACUUGGUCAACAGUGCAGAGUCAGGCGAUAAGGAGGAGACAGCAGCCAAGCCUCCCUGCUGGAAAAUGGUGUAUUUGUGGUUCUGUGGUCUUUCCACCAGCCCCACGCCCACCCUGUCCCAGGAGGAGAGAGCUGCCCUGGAGCAGAGACUCACCAGCAUUGAGGAAAAGCCCCUGUGGAAGACUGUUUGCAAUGCCAAUGCUGUUCUCCUGCUGGCCGUUAAUGUCUUCCUGUGGGCAUAUUUCAGCUGAGGUGGGGUCAGGAAACGUGUGGCUUUGGUUUAUCUCACCUUCCUAAGAUGGAAGCAUCAGGUGACAGAGCCCCUGGUGAUGGUCCCACUGGCACUCUGUGGCACAGCCCUUCCCUGGAGGCACUGCUUGCUGGGAAUGACUGUGGGGCUCAGUUUCCCCAUAGGGUGAGACCAAGACUCAACACCAGUCACGUCUGGGAUGUGGGCCAAGUCUGGAGAUCUGGGGUCAAGUUUAAAGGUGCAAAGCCAAGCCCAGCAAGGAGUAAAGGCUUUGGAAAGCCCAGCUAUGGCUGGGUUCUCUCUCAGGGCUGACUUUGCACUUAUGCAUUUAGGGGAAGGACUUCUGGUUUACACUGGUGUGCAGAAUGAGACUUAAACACACUCUGCAGCUUUUUUAUAUGGCUAAAAUUCAAAUUUAAUUUUUAAUUCAGUGGGGGACCACUGGAUUAGCUCAGCAGUGACAACCUUGGCUCUCCAGACACUCCAGGAUCUGUGUUGGACCCCUUCCACCCCACCCCUCCUGCCUUGCUGGCAUCAGCAGUGGGAACAGGGAGCUUCUUCCUGCUUCCCGAGCCCCCAUCCUGCCCACUUGCUGUGUGACAGUGGGUCUCACAACAGCCCCAGCCUGUUUGCUCAUCAGGCUGAUGCUGCCCCUUGACAGCAUUACCAGCAAUAAAGGUGCCUUAGUAACCAAGCCAAUCCUGACUUUGGGUUAUUGUGGUGAUCUGUCCUGCACUGACACACGAAGGGCUCCCUGGGACCACAGUGACCCUGCUGUCUCAGGGAAAAGAAAUAUCCUUCCCUGGGACCUGAUCCAGGGCUUCGCUUUCUUGAGCAAGUUCAGGCUUCUCUGACCCAUCCUGGUGCCACAUGUGGUUUGUGGCACAGCCAUAAUCUUUUAAACCAUAGAGAGACAGCAAUAACCCCUGUUAAUAUCUGUGCCUGGUGGUUGGUGCUCACCUAGAGAAGGCUAAAAAUGCCCAUAGUGGCAUGUGA